AUGCGAGGAGGCGGUGGGCGGCCGGCCUCAGAGUGCGCCGACAGCGACAAGCGGUGUGCGGAGUGGGCAGGCGUGGGCGAGUGCGACAAGAACCCGGGCUUUAUGCGCUCGCAGUGCCAGCAUUCGUGUGGCUCGUGCGGCUGGGUCAACCCGCACUGCGCCGGCCACGUCGCCGCCGCAAAGCAGACGGGCGGCAUCGACGCGAUGUUCGAGGCGGCGGCAAAGCGGCCAGAGCUGCGCGCGACAGUGCACUCGCGGCCACCGCACGGCCCGUGGGCGUGGUGUCAGCCGGGACUGAGCGACGCGUGCUAA